UCGUGACGUCUUCAAUGGCUGCCGCCGUACUGUCUACAUACGUAACGGAGCGCGGUAGACACACGAGCCGCGUUCCGUGGUGGUUCACGACGUAGUGUUUACUGUUUCUCGGUAGAAUUAUUCGCCAAACUGUUGCGCGACGUGCAAACCAUGGGCUCGAAGAAACAUAAAAAGCACAAGCGCGAGAGGCACGAAGAAGGGCCCUAUACAACCACGGACAAACCCCGUACUUUGAAACUUAUUCUAAAAGUAGGGGGUAGCAGUGGUACACCUGAAUACGGCAACGAGUCUCCAAGCCAGGCAACAAUGCUGUCUCAACAUUUGGGUGUCUACCAACAACAGUUGGGUCUGAACUGUUCUGUAACACAGGAAUCUGAAUACGAUAGGUAUAUGGGGCACAAAAAGCUUAAGAAGAAAAAGAAAAAGAAGGAUAAGAGACACAAGCAUCAUCACAAAGACAAGAAGAGGAGAAGGGAAGAAUCCAGUCAGGAAUCCGUAGGUGAUGCAGAUGAAAGUUUGGCUGAAGUCCCCAAAAAGAUUCCUAAUCACCAAUUAUUACCACCAAGACCUCCAUCCAGUACAGAGCACAGAGUUGGUGUCACCAAUCAAAUCAGUUCUCUUUCUCCACAUAGAGAACCCAGAACAUGUGUACUUAGAAAAAUUGCUGAACGUACGCCCCUUCAGCGAUUACUAGAACACCUUCUAAGGUCAAUGGAGAAACGUGACCCACAGCAAUUUUUUGCAUGGCCAGUCACGGACAGCAUUGCACCUGGAUACUCUCAGAUCAUUACGAGUCCCAUGGAUUUCAGUACCAUAAAGCAAAAGAUAGAUGAAAACAGCUAUCAGAAUUUAAAUGAAUUUGUAGAUGAUUUUAAACUAAUGUGUGAUAAUGCUACCACAUACAACCAUCCGGACACAAUUUAUUUCAAAGCAGCAAAGAAAUUGUUGCAUGUUGGUUUAAAGAUGGUUACACCUGAGAAACUUAGACAGUUAAGACCUGUUCUGACCUAUAUGCAGGAUAUAUCAAAGGAGGAACUUGGAUUCGAAUUGGGUACCGAAGAUCCAAAUAAUCCAGAUGCUCCGGUAACGGAGGAACAGAUCGAACGAGAACGAGAGCAAGAGGAACGCAAUGAAGAAGCCGAGGAACUGAGGAAAGAGAACCAGAGAAAAAUGAGAUUAGCCAGUUUAGGUAAAUUUGAAGCAAUCCCUGACGACAUGACCCCAGAGGAGAUCUUAAAACAAGCACGCGGAGCUGCAAAGACAGCCUCAGAGAAGUUAUCGCUGAAAAGGCUGAACUCAAAAAUGGGUUUCCUCAGGCAGAAGAAAGAUGGAACCACUAGCUUGCAAAUAAUAGUACCAGGAGAUGGUGUAAUUCCAGGAACCAAUCAAAGGCCGGUAUCGUUAGGUCAGCUCAUUGGUAAACUGAAUCAUGGAACAGGCGCAUUGGCAGGAUUUCGUGAAGAUAGGAGAAACAUGUCUAAGCCAGUGAAACCCUUGUAUUAUGGUGCCUUUGGCUCUUAUGCGCCAAGCUACGAUUCUACCUUUGCUAAUCUAACAAAAGAGGAAACAGACUUGGUGUAUCAGACCUACGGUGAUGAAACGGCCGUACAAUAUGCAGAAUCCAUUUUAGAUUUCGCUAAAGACUGUGAUUAUACACUAACUAUGGUCGAUGAUCUGCUGGAUAUUUUGACGGGCGGCGAUCACAGAAAGACUAAGAAGUUCAUCGAUGAAAAGCGGCGACUUAAGGAAGAGGAGGAAAAGAUAAAGCACUUACUAGAAAAGCCUAUGCAAGACGUAAAUCGUAAUAUUCCAGCGAUGGAUAAUGUGAAAGUUGACAUCGAUCAAUUGAAGACACUCUCAGACUUGGGAAUUGACGUUAACUUCUUAGAAAAUCUGGAGGAGGAAUUGAAAUUCAGCGAGGAACGUGCAGCUCUACAGAGCCGCUUGGACGAUACAUCACAGAUGUUGGGUCGUCUAAAGCAGGCGCAGCAUGAUCGCUUGUCAGCUCCGCCGCCUGCUCAUCUGUCGAAUGUUCCUAAACCUUCGGAGAAUGAAGUGGCACUAGCCGACAAGAUUACAGACAAUCUUACAGAAAUAGCAAAGAAGCUACCUCCCUCGGCUAUUGCUCCCGUUGAUGGUCUGCGCAGAGCCAUGGGGAUAGCGCCGUUAGGUGGACCAGAGCCCAUGGAAGUAGAGCCAAUUACACACAACCCGACAAUUGUUGCGGAGACCAAUUUAUUACCGCAGACGACAAACAGUAAUCCAGUUCCGUCGAAUCUGUUGCCGGCGCCAUCUCCUAUUCCGAAUGCGAAUUUGCUCAGCCCGACUAGCCAACAACCUCAAUCGAUCAGUAUUGUGAAUACUAAUCAACCUCCGAUCCAAAUACAGAUCGGUAUGACGCACAGUCAGACACCGCCGUCUUUAUUGAACACAACGGAGGCGUCUGCGGUUCCUGAUCUAGAGACCGAGCUCCGUGAAUUCUUGGAGAGUGAUCCCACGUUAGGACACUCACCCCUACAUGACGACAAAACACUCGAGGACAUUUUGUCAGAGUCUUAGUGUGUACCCUUCGAGAUUCAUGAUUUUCCGUAAUAUAUCUUCUCCAACAGAUUGUACAUUUUACUACGUAUAAACAAAUAGAUUUAAUGUUGAGCGUACGGUUAAUAAAUAAGGUCGUGUACUUGUAUUGUGUUGUUAUUGAAUCGACACCGCGUUUAUUUUGUAUGAACAUUAUUUAUGAAGUUUCCGUAACAACUGAUAUGUUAUACCAAGCCUGUAAAGUUUACAUGAAUUACACUUGUAACAUUACUCGCUGGAUGUACUCGAUG